GUUUUCUACAUACGCCAUUCUUGCCGCCGUUCUCGCCGUCGUUCUCGCUGCCGUUUCCACUUCCGGCGCCGUUACCACUUCGGCCGUGUCUAUUGCAGUAGAGAGCUUCUGGAUCAAGCCACAUCUUCUAUCAACGUGUUUUCAGAUCUGUUCUCUCUAUCUGUAGUUGCUGCCACUGUUGCCAUCGCAGUUUGCGCCGCCGUUGCUGCCACAGUUUCUACCGUCGAUGACACCGUAGUUGCCGUAGUACAACGCAUUUGCAGAUCUGUUCACUCCCGAGCUUCUUCUUCAACGCUGCUUUCUCUCACUCCAAUUUCCCCUUUAAACUGCCGGUGGGCAACAGGCAGUGAUAUGCAGGAAACAACAGGAGCUGAACCUCAAACUCAAAGCUUCUGCUUCCAGAGCUCAACCGUACGCUAUGGUGGUGCUAAUGGAACAUACUAUACUUCGUCAACGACAAGGAGGACCGGCAGUGAUGGGGUGACAUUUAAAGUGGCCAAAGAGGCUGAUAGUUCUAUAAGGGAAGCUUCUCACAGAGUUUCCAAAGGCAUUCAUGGCAAGGGACAUUCCCUUUCAAGAAAACUUAAUUCGGAUGGUAGAGUGGAUAUGCAGGCAGUGAUAUGCAGUGAAUAUAUAAUUGAUCUUAUAUUUUUUAACUAAAAAAUUCUAUUAUUUUAUAAUAGAGUAUAACAAAGAAU